UCCUCCUCCUCCUCGUGCCAUCAUCGCCCCGCGACCUCUCGUCCUCACGCAUCUCCCAGGUCGCUUGGCUGCUUUUGCUGUGAGCUUUUAAACGUAGAGAUGGCUGAUGGUCAUGAGACUGACAAGAACAUCGAGAUAUGGAAGAUCAAGAAAUUGAUUAAGGCUUUGGAAGCUGCAAGAGGCAAUGGCACAAGCAUGAUUUCUCUGAUCAUGCCUCCUCGUGAUCAAAUCUCUCGAGUUACCAAAAUGCUCGGCGAUGAGUUUGGUACUGCGUCAAACAUCAAGAGCAGGGUGAAUCGACAAUCUGUGCUCGGCGCGAUCACGUCAGCUCAGCAGAGGCUCAAGCUUUACAACAAAGUUCCUUCUAAUGGGCUUGUGCUGUACACUGGCACAAUUGUCACUGACGAUGGAAAGGAGAAGAAGGUGACCAUUGAUUUUGAGCCUUUCAGGGCCAUCAAUGCAUCUCUGUACCUGUGUGACAACAAGUUCCAUACUGAAGCUCUGAAUGAACUCUUAGAAUCCGAUGAUAAGUUUGGUUUCAUUGUUAUGGAUGGUAAUGGGACUCUCUUUGGGACUCUGAGUGGUAAUACGAGGGAGGUGCUUCACAAAUUCAGUGUGGACCUGCCGAAGAAGCAUGGAAGAGGUGGGCAGUCAGCUCUUCGUUUUGCUCGUCUUCGAAUGGAGAAGCGCCACAACUAUGUGAGGAAGACGGCUGAGCUAGCAACGCAGUUUUUCAUUAAUCCAUCAAGUAGCCAGCCCAAUGUUUCAGGACUUAUACUGGCUGGAUCAGCAGACUUCAAAACUGAGUUGAGUCAAUCUGACAUGUUCGAUCCUCGUCUUCAGGCCAAGAUACUGAAUGUGGUCGAUGUUUCUUACGGUGGUGAGAAUGGUUUCAACCAGGCCAUCGAGUUGUCUUCAGAGAUAUUGGCCAACGUGAAGUUCAUUCAAGAAAAGCGCUUGAUUGGUAAAUACUUUGAGGAGAUAAGCCAGGAUACUGGAAAAUAUGUUUUCGGUGUGGAUGACACGCUGAAAGUUCUGGAGAUGGGUGCUGUUGAAAUUCUCAUUGUGUGGGAGAACCUCGAUGUCAAUAGGUUCACACUGAAAAACAGCACUACUGGUGAGAUUAUCAUCAAGCACUUGAACAAAGAGCAGGAGCUUGACCAGAACAACUUCAGGGAUACUGCCAACGCAGCUGAGCUCGAGGUUCAGGAGAAAAUGUCGCUCUUGGAGUGGUUUGCUAACGAAUAUAAGCGAUUUGGUUGCACGCUUGAAUUUGUCACGAACAAGUCGCAAGAGGGAUCCCAGUUCUGUAGAGGUUUUGGUGGGAUUGGGGGGAUCCUCCGUUACCAGCUUGAUAUCCGAUCGUUUGAUGAGCUCUCUGAUGAUGGUGAAUUUUAUGAUGACUCUGAAUAGCAAUCAAUAAACUCUCCCCCACGGCUGGUGCAGGAGGAUGGGCCGAAAUGCCUGCACCAGUGCGCGAGCUCUCGCGCUAUAUGCUACUGCUUGGGCGCUGCACGAAAGAAGAUUUAUGCGAACCCUAGCCAAGGUGGGGGCAUAUUGCUCGGAGAGUGCGUGGAAAUUGCAAUAUAUCAAAUCUGCUGCCUUCUAUCGGAAGGAGAAGCAUACACUCUAUUGGAUUAAGCUUAAGUCUGGACUGUAAGGGAGUACCUUUGCCGAUUCGGAUGCUGCUGCCUGGGUGGACCUUAUAUGGUCUGUUUAUUUCUCUACUUCUGUUUCUCUAUGACCUAUUAGCUUUUCUAUCAACCCAGUAUGAACUUAAAGAGUGGUCCCACUCAUUAAAAUAUCUAGUUGUUGCUACUGUGGUGGUGUUCUGGUCUUACGUGACCAUAUGUGAUGGAUUUUCAUGUUAUGCAGCCACUAUCAUUAGAGUGGUGGAUUUUCAUGUCACGUUGCUACUAUUACGAGUUUGUUUGCGUUUGGGUUGAAUAUAUUGUAUUGGUAUAUAUGCUUGAUAA